CAGCGUCUAUCCCGGACUGGAACGGGGAACGACUGCCGACCUCAGCUCAACCUCUCUACCCUCUACUCCGUACCUAGUCACUAAUGCACUUCCCGCUCACCUCGGCCUCUUGUUAGCGAUACCACCCUUGCUAUCUGUGCACCCUGAUCGCCUGUCCAAGAACUCCGCUGCUGACCAUCAAUACGAUCUGACGUGACUUGCUGUCCCGCCGUUUCCCCGGCAUUUCCUUACUCAUUCCUACCCGGUAACUCGGCGGAGACACUCUCCAGACAGCACUGCAUCCCUUAUCCCUUAGGCGGUCUCGACCACUCUGCGGUUCUCUUAUCGGCAACUCCAAGCCCCCUCCCCCCCAAAUCCAUUCCCCGCGCAAGUUUUCUUUUUCAAUUCAAAUAUAGCCCUCGGCCUUGACUGGAGGGCGCGUCGGUGUGGUCGCAACGGACACGGGAACAGUGGAGGAUGAGAGGGAACCGCAAUCGAUGGGUGUAAUACGGAAGAAGACCGCCUCGCGCGGCACCGAAGCAGGCACCAAGUAUCAUUGCGAUAUCUGCUCGGUUGAUGUGACUUCGACGGUUCGCGUAUCCUGUGCCCAUCCCUCCUGCCACGAAUACGACCUCUGCGUUCCCUGUUUCGCAGCCGGAGAGAAAUCUAAGAACCAUGACCCGUCCACACACCCGUUCCAAGUGAUCGAGCAGAACUCGGUGCCCAUCUUCCAGGAAGACUGGGGUGCUGAUGAGGAGCUCUUGUUGCUGGAAGGUGCUGACAUCUACGGGCUGGGGUCAUGGGCCGACAUCGCCGAUCACAUUGGAGGCUAUCGCACCAAGGAGGAGGUUCGAGACCACUACAUCAGUACAUACAUCGACAGCCCCAACUUCCCACUGCCGGAGCGCGCCGAUCCUGACGACACCCGCCUGUCCGACUCCAUAUCGAAGGAGGAGUUCCAGUCGCGAAAGAAGCGACGCAUCGAGGAGCGCAAAGAGGCCGCUAAGGCCGCUCCGCCGACCACGCCCAAGCAGAAGCCCACUGCUAGUGUGCCAGCGUGUCACGAAGUGCAGGGUUACAUGCCGGGUCGGUUGGAGUUCGAGACCGAAUUUAUGAACGAUGCGGAAGAGGCGGUGCAGCAUAUGACCUUUGAGCCUGGUGCGGGCGAGACCGCGAACGGUGAGCUGGAUGCGGAGAUGGAGUUGAAGAUGACGGUGGUGGACAUUUACAACUCGCGCUUGACGGCGCGCACGGAGCGCAAGAAGGUCCUCUUUGAGCACAACCUGCUCGAGUACCGGAAGAACACGGCGCUAGAGAAGAAACGUACGAAAGAGGAACGGGAUCUGCUCAACAAGGCGAAACCGUUUGCCCGGAUGAUGAACCACGACGACUUUGAAGAGUUCAACAAGGGACUGGAGUACGAGCACAACCUGCGUCUGGCCAUCUCGCAGCUGCAGGAAUGGCGGCAAAUGGGUAUCGGGGAUCUGAAGGGUGGCGAGAAAUACGAGCAGGAGAAGCAACAGCGCGCCCAGAGGAUGGCGCCGCAGGGCUCAUUUGACCGGUUCGCAAGCACACGGCCGAAGCAGCAACAGCAGCCCGAACAGCCGUCGGCGGCUAGUCAGUUGACGACGCCAGAGCUGCCACUGCGGCUCCAGAAGGCCUCAGGCACCCCUGGCGCCCCCAAAGCUCCCGAGCCUCCCAGUCAGCCGAUGAACGACUUUGACCGGAUGUUUGCCUCCAACGGAGACGGGAUCAGCACGCCGACGCCGCCGGCGAAGACCAAGUUCAUUGUGCAGCCGCUGAAUGGGGUGAUUCCGUGGAAGCUGGAGAACGAAGCUGCCCCGGAUCUGCAUUUGCUGACAAAGGAGGAGGUAGAGGUGUGCAAUGUGCUUCAUAUACAACCGAAGCCAUACCUAGUCAUCAAAGAGACACUGCUGAAGGAGUCGAUGAAGCAGGGGGGCAGUUUGAAGAAGAAGGAUGCACGGACCAUUUGCAAGAUCGACAGUGCCAAGACCAGUCGGAUCUAUGACUUUAUGGUGCACAGUGGCUGGAUCAACAAGGGGUGAUUUGACUACACGAUUAUCCUGAUCUUGUGUGUGUGUGUUUUGUAAUGGAGUUGGGAGGCGUUCGGAAGGGCAGGAUGGAUGUUGAUGUGAUUUGAAUUGUAUUGACCGACAUGAAUGAUGCAUAGCUUGAUCUGACUGAUGUUUGGUGUAG